UUAAUUGAGCCAUGUAGAUUGUGUGACUCUAAGACAUGAAGACAUUAUAAAAAGCCAUGGAACCACCCACGACUUCUCACUCAAAAGCUACACAUUUUUCUCCUACCAUAUUUUUUACACAAACCCAAAAAAAAACAUGAGUCCCUUGAACUUGUCUUUCCUCUUCCUCAUUUCCUUAACACUUGUCUCUACAACAACAUCUCAAGAAAGAGCACCUCAUGGACUUGUAUACGAAAACCCUAUAGCUUUUCCACCAUCAGCCUAUCUCUUCUUUCACCCCAAUGCACCAACUCCAGACACCAAAAACUCUUGCAUUACAUCCAAAUGCUCACCACUCCCUAUGGCAGCAGCUCUAGUAGAAGCCAAUCAAAAAUUUGAAAACAAAGCAUCACAAAAACAAAUUGGAGCUGGUGUUGUUGGUGGCAUUAUCUUUGCUUUUGCUUUUGUUGUUGUUUUAGUUGUUGGAGUUUACUAUGUUAAGGUCAUUCGUCAAGCCAACAUGAGUAGAAACAUUAAUAAUGUUCAAUCUCAUGCUUAAUGCAAAUUCAAUGAUUAUGUUGGAAACUUUUCCUUUUAACCUUA